GGGCCGGGGCCGGGCGGUCAUGGCGGCGGGCGCGGCGCUGCGGGCCGUUCGGGAGUGCCUGGCCGCCUUCCCGGGGGAGGCCCGCGAGCUGGGGUGGCCGCAGUCCGUGCCUUGCCUUGACGGGGCCCCGUCCCCGCUGGAGUUCUACCGCGGGUGGGUGGCCCCGAACAAGCCCUGCGUGAUCCGCAACGCCCUCGGGCACUGGCCGGCGCUGGAGCGGUGGGCGCCGGCCUACCUCAGGGAGGUAGUAGGUCCCAAGGUGGUGUCUGUGGCAGUAACACCAAAUGGUUAUGCAGAUGCAGUGUUUCAGGACAGGUUUGUCAUGCCAGAGGAGCGCCGAAUGCCGUUCACGGACUUUUUGGACAUUGUCGAGAAGAAAGUGACCUCUCCCAACGUAUUCUAUGUGCAGAAGCAGUGUUCAAACCUCACUGAGGAGUUUCCUGAACUUGUUUGUGAUGUGCAGCCUGACAUACCGUGGAUGAGCGAGGCACUUGGGAGGAAGCCUGAUGCUGUGAAUUUCUGGCUUGGGGAAUCGGCUGCUGUGACAUCUUUACAUAAGGAUCAUUAUGAGAACUUGUACUGUGUGAUAUCUGGAAAGAAGCAUUUCCUACUGCAUCCACCGAGUGACCGUCCCUUCAUCCCCUAUGAGCUCUAUCAGCCAGCAACCUACCAGGUAUCAGAAGAUGGGUCAUUUGAAAUUGUGGAUGAGAAGAACGCAGAUAAGGUGCCCUGGAUCCCCCUGGACCCCUUGAACCCGAAUCUGGAACAGUAUCCAGAGUAUGCUAAGGCAAAGCCUUUGCAGUGUACAGUGAAAGCUGGUGAGAUGUUAUACCUGCCUUCUCUCUGGUUCCAUCACGUGCAGCAAUCACAUGGCUGUAUAGCAGUGAAUUAUUGGUAUGACAUGGAAUAUGACCUUAAGUACAGCUACUAUCAACUACUAGAUUGCCUCACAAAGGCCGUGGAAGUGUUGUAGCAGAGGCGGGAGACUCGAGCUAUGAUCUCUCUGAUGUGGUACAGUUAUUGGCAUCUGUGGCUGGAGUACAAGCAUGAUUCAAGUGGAAGGAACUGAACAGUAAAUUAUCCUCAACACCAUCUGUCAAGCAGGUCAUGGCUGUUCUGCUUGCUUUCAGAGCCCGGAUCAAUUGGCGAGGGUUUUGGGCUUGUAAGUGGAAGGUUUGAUAAUAACAUUUUUAGCUCUUGACAUGUUGCCUCAGUGAUGGUGAGCAAAAUGAAAUUUGAAGCGAGAGGCAAUCCAGGUUUUGGAAAUCUGAAAACAGAAGCCAUGACGGUUUGUUCAGAUCUACAGAUUGUUUUCAUAACAAACCAAGCAGACGACGAGGAAUCCGCUCUGCCACCCACCUGCGCAUCAGGCUGCAUCAGUCCAACAUACGCACUCUGCCAGGGGCAAAAGUCCUGUCCAGUUGUAAUUCACUGCAUUCAGCAGCUGUGGUGUUUUGAUGGGGAGAAAUUACUACUUCUGCAAUAAAAGGCCAGUUUAAAAGCUUA